AACGGUCACUAUAUCAGUACUAGCGGUAUACUUCAAAGGAUUACUACCUGGAUUACAUAUAACAAUAUUCAAACAUGUCGUCAGGAGUUGGUGUUGAUGAUCAAUGUAUCCAAGCAUUUAUGGAAAUAAAAAUGCACCAUCGAUAUUUGUACAUAAUUUAUAAAGUUUCAGAUGAUCUCAAAUCAAUUGUUAUAGAUGAAAUAGGGGGUAGAGACAGAAAUUAUGCUGAUUUUGUAAAUAAAUUAAAAGCUGCAGAAAACAUGAAACAAUGUAGGUAUGGUGUUUACGAUGUUCAGUUUUUACAAGAACAAGUUCCACAAGAAAGACUAGUCUUUUUUCUAUGGAGUCCUGAAGUAGCAAGUGUCAGACAGAAGAUGGUGUAUUCUUCCAGUAAAGCAGCAUUUAGACUUCAGUUAAAGGGAAUAACAACGGAAAUGCAGUGUAACGAUGAUGGAGAUUUAGCAGUAUCUAAUGUAUUAGAAAGAUGUAGUAGAAAAUAUACCUUUAGUCCACCAAUCUGAACUGUAACUUUACGAAUUGGUAUACUUGAGUCAUUUCGAAACAAUCUGUGAUUAAAUUGGUUUUGGUGAGACGUUUAGAUACAUCAUUAUGUACAUGUAAAUAAUGAACACGAUUCGUGAAGUGUUGAGUAACGUUCAAACAAGAACAACAGCAUGAACGAAAAGAGAAUAAACAUACAGCUUUGAACUCAACUCAAUCGCUUUAGUGUUAAUGGAAACUAACAACAAGCGUAGAAUUUAGGGAUGUGAAAAUCAUUGAUAUUC